ACGCAAUAGAUGUGUAGCGUGCUACUUCACUGUGUGAUCGACUGACCAGCUGUGAAAAACACUUUCGGUCACGGAUGGAUCACUGAUCCUCCGGAAAUUCAUCAGGAAACUAACGGUCUUCAGGAGUGCAUCCAAGUGGAAGGGCACAGACUAAUUCGAAGUUCGCAAAGCUCGCUGGCUCAAACUUGCGGACAACCUACUGGGACAUUCUUCCACUUGGAAUAUCAAUCCAUAACUCUCCAUUAAUUUCAUCACCUGAGACCAACCAAACUUGCAUAUAUUAGAUGGCGGCGGUUCAGAUGGAGGAUUUGGAUCGAUCAAUGGGCCUGGGCCGCGGUAUGUAUAGGUCAAGCUCACCGGCGACAACAAGGCUAGAGAAUCGAAUCAAGGAGCUUGAAGAAUUGCUGGAUGAAGAACGAGGUUUACGAAUCAAAACGGAACGCGAACUUGGCGAACUGAACGCAGAGUAUGACGUGCUUACAGCCAAUUAUCAAAAUGUUUCUGAGCAAGUUGGACAACAUCUGGAGACGAUAAGGCGACGAGAGGCGGAGUUCAUUCGGGCCCGUAAAGAACUUGAUGACGUACGCGAUGCUCACGAAGAAGCAUUGAAUAACCUUCGGCGGCGUCACCAAACGGCACUGACCGAAAUGACUACAGAACUCGACAGUCUCCAAAGAAUGAAAGUAAAGUCCGAAAAGGAGCGUGCAGAAUUAACACGCCAGCUGGAGGUUGCAUUCACUGAAUCCGAGGAGGCAAACAAACAGAAGGCAUCUGCACAGGGCAAACUGGAAGUGCUGGAAUCUCAGGUUGUUCGUCUAAGAGCCAACUAUGAAGAUGCACAGAAACGUGUGACAGAACUUAACACACAAAAUGCUCAAAUGGUCGCAGAAACUGCGGAAUAUGUGAGAACCGUGGACAAACUCAAUGUUGCUCUAGCUAAUGCUCAACGCGCUCAACUCAACAGCGACGCUCUGCUAGAUGAGCAAAAGAGAAACCUGGACGAAGAGACUAAGUUGCGGACAAUCGCCCAAAACAAACUAAGCUCCAUACAACAGGAACUGGAAAUGGCGAAUCAGCGAGCGGAUGAGGAAUCGGAAAGUGCGACGAAACUCCAUGCUCAAGUUUCGCGACUCCAGUCUGAACUGGCACAAUUGCGCUCCAAAUACGAACGUGAAUUGAACGAGAAAACGGAAGAAUUGGAUGAGACUAGGCGCCGACUUAAUACAAAGAUAACAGAACUCACUGAGUCUCAUGAGAUGGAGCACAGCCGCGUCGUGAGCCUGGAGCGAACGAAGAAUCAGCUGGCAGGACAAAUACAGGAACUACAAAGCCAAUUAGAUGGGGUAUACACCCAAUUGUCAGAACAAACGCAAGAGAUCAAAUCGCUGGAAACAGAACGCAAUGAGCUGCAGCAGUUGUUGGAAGAGUCACAAACUGAAGAAAGCAACUUGAGGACAAAAACUGGUCUAAUUCAAAGAGAGCUUACGCAAGUGAAAACGGCUAAAGCGGAGAUGGAGGAGAGACUGUUGGGUCUAGAAAAGGAAUCCAGGCACAAUACAGAAAAACUGCGUGACUCUAAGGAGCGAAUUGCCAGCAUGAACCGAACGCUAACUGAUCUGGAAAGUUCGCGCGCUCGGCUGGAAGCAGAGCGUGAACAUUUGGACAGUACACUUAAGGAUACAGAAGAUGCACUUCAUGAAGUUGAGACCAAAUACCAGACAGUACAUGCGGCCCUGGCAAACCUGCGUUCCGAAUUCGAAAGGCAGUCUCGUGAUAAAGAAGAAGAACUGGAAACACUCAGACGAUCAAGUCAACGGAAUAUCGAAAACCUCAAAGCAGCUAUGGAAGGUACUGAGUCCAAAUAUCAAAAUGAAAUUGAGCGAAUAAAGAAGAAGAUGGAGAACACAGUUAACAGUUUGGAGGAACAGUUGGAAGAAACGAAGAAGAAUCGAGAUGAUGCCGAACGAGCCGCACAUGAAGCAGAGGAGCAUGCCAAUCGAAUGGAAUACGAACUCGAAGAGGCCAAUCAUAUGUUGGCAGAAACAACAACUGCGCUUCAAGUUUGCGAGAACCGACGAGCUGCUUUGACCGACGAAGUUGAGAGUAUGCGAAGUCAACUGGAAGUGGCGGAACGCCUAAAACGUAAGACGGAGGAAGAUGCCGCCGAGGUCGCCAGUCGGAUCGGGGAACUUACCGGUCAGAUUAACAGUCUGACAACUGAACGUCGGAAGUUGGAGGGACAACUAACCGUCCUUCAAGGUGACCUCGACGAUGCCGUCGGAUCAAAGGAGGCCGCAGACGAUCGGGCAGAUCGUUUGCAAGCUGAAGUAGCCCGAUUGGUACAAGAUUUGCAAACUGAACAAGAGGCUACAAGACGAGCCGAUUCCUCCCGCCGCCAGCUAGAAGUGGAACUAAAGGACACAAACUCCAAGUUACUGGAGCUUCGACGGACGGUUGAUCUGACCGAACGAAGUGCGGAUGAUGUUAAAAAUCAGGCCGAGGUCAAGGUCCGGGAAAUGCAGAUGGCACUUGAUGAGGAGUCAAAGAAAACGCGUGAGGCUCAAAGUCAACUUAGGAAAUGCGAGCGAGCAUUGAAGGAUUCGAUGCAGGCCGAAGAGGACGCACAGAGAAUCAUCGCCGAGUUGCGCGAUAUGACAGACCGAGCUCAAACAAAGCUGCGACAAACCCGUCGGCAGCUUGAAGAAGCGGAAGCAAACGCACAAAACGCUAUGAACAAAUACCGAAAAGCGCAACAACAGGCAGAUGAUGCUGGUCUUCGGAUUCAAAUGACGGAGCGGCGUUUGGGUAUGGGAGCACAAAACGACGAGACAAUGUCCGCUUACGGUACACUAACACGGGCUAGACAAGGCAGUGCCUACCCUACAAAGGCGCGAGCUGCUUCCAUUGCGCGUGAAGGUUCCGUCUAUAGCGUAUCGAGUGAACUGCCUUCUUCAACAUGGAAACCACGAUUUAGCCUUGGUAACAACAAGUACAGUAGACGUAUUGACUCCAACUAUGCCCGUGACACAGGCAGCUCACUCAGUCUCCUAGAUUUACCACCGGCGGACACCAAUGGAUACGGCAUGUAAAGCCUUGCACCUUCACCGUUCAAUCCUCACCCAUGCCGAAUUCGUGCUAGUUCUUAGCAUUUCCUGUUUUCGAAGGAUUUCGCAGUGACCCAGACCUUUUAUGCUCACAUACCUCCGACAACCCUCCACAUCCAUGUCAACUUGCAUUCACUCAUGCAACCCAAUUCGUUUUCGCUACCCCUUGUUUUCGUACUGCCUACAAAAACCGUUGAUUCACCCCACACCAUGUUUGAAACCAUCCGAUCUCAAUGAAAUACACUCCGCUACAGCUUUGCAUCGACAGCGAAAACGAUCUGCAAAUCCUGUGCGUCACUGUAGACAGCCGUUUUUGAAUUUGUAACGUAUUUGUUUCCACUUUUCGAUAAACCUGACAGCGACCACGUCUGCAGCUUAUCUCUAUACCCGCAAACGAAUUGCUUCCAUAUCGUUUUGACCGAAAACAAACGUCCCGUUUCAAUUUGUUUGGCAUGCUUUUUUCUAUGGUAACUGCAUGUCUCAGUGCAAGUAACCGAGCGUGGUUAAAUGCGUAUUGCAUUCAACAAGCAAACACCUGUUCGAGGCAAGUUCUUCGUUAAUGACCUUGUGUGUUUCACCCAAGUAAUCAGGUUCACCGCUUCCCUUGAUUAAUAAUAUUCUCUUCAAC